AUGAAACCUCUUUCCAAUAUUAGCCUUUAUGGGCCUAUUGACACAUUCCAAAAUACGUUCAUUAAUCAACCUUCCUUAUCUUAUUCCUCUUUCGAUGUCACCUUACUCCCUAAUUCUUUUUCUACUAGUUGUUCAAAUGAUCUCUUUUUCAGAACUCCUCAUUCUUAUAAUAAUACGACCACUACUCCAUCCAUUAAUCCUUAUGAAACUACCAAAACAUUCCAAAAUACUUGUUUGAAUGAUUCCUUCUUUUUCGAAACUCAACAUUCUUAUAAUAAUAACAUUACUAUUGCCCCCAACAUUGGCCCUUAUGAAACUAUUGUAACAUUUCAAGAUAUGUUCAUUAAUCAGUCCCCUUCAUUAUCAUCAUCAUCCUCUUUCAUUUACGAUGAACCAGAGCCAAAUAACGAACAAAAUAUCACAUCGACCUCCAAUUCUUUUCCUAUUAGUUGUUCAAAUAAGUUUUCCUUUUUCGAAACUCAAUAUUCUUAUAAUAAUGUUCCUACUAUUACUCCAAAUAUUGAUGGGACUAUCGAAACAUACCAAAAUAUGUUCAUUAAUCAAUCCCUCUCAUCAUCAUCACCCUCUUUCAUUUAUGACGAACUAGAACCACAAAAUAUUAUAUCAUCCUCUAGCUCUCCUUCUAAUAGUUCAAACGACUCCUUCUUUUUUGAAACUCAACAUUCUUAUAAUAUUAUUCCAAAUAUCAACCCUUAUGGGUCCGUCGAAACUUUCCAAAAUACGUUCAUCGAUCAAUCCUCCUUUGUUCACGAUAAACCAAUGCCAAAUGAUGAAUAA